AUGGCUCGCAUUGCGAGCUCCGCAGAUGCGGUCGCUGUUUUCUCCAUUUUGCUUUCGUCAUUGUUUCUUUGCGUGGCGUUUUUUCGCUUAUGGCGCUUACGUAGGGCGCCCGCUGUUGUUAUCUCCGGGUUUCAGGGGCAUAGCAAAACGGUUUUAUCAAUUUUGUUUACAAUAUCAAGUUUGGGUCGUCUCAUUGCAUUAGAAAGUUCUACGCUCAAUGAACUUAAUUUACAUAUCGCUUCUAGAACUCUAGAACUUGCCGCGGCGUCAGUGCUCUGUGUUCUAUCAUGGCUGAAGCAUCGGCGGAGCAUUCGCCCGUCGGACACAAUCAUCAUUUACCUCGUCGCAUGUCUCAUUCGCGAUUGCUUCGAACUACCAUCUUCUAUCCGGGGGCAAAGCGAUUGGCUGAUGCAAGACCCAAUAUUAGCACAGCUAGUUCUCGAGACUUCUUUACUUGCGACCGAAACUCUUCAAAAGGAUCUUAUCAAGAAGUCCUCAAAUGAAGAUGUAUCUUCCGAAGAGAAGUCUAGCAUACUUGGCCGGACGUUCUUUUGGUGGAUUAAUCCUAUUCUAUAUGAAGGGUACCACAACGUUCUCUUAGGCUAUGACCUGCCAUCAAUUGAUGCGAAAUUAUUAUCAAAACCUACUCGUGCCGCAGCGCUGCUUGCUUGGGAGCAAAGGCUAAGACCUGAGAAUGCGAUGACACUCCCGAGAGUGUUGCUCAAGUGUCUCAUAAGACCGUUCUUAUUCGCGAUACCCCCGCGACUUUUUCUCACAUUAUUCCGGUAUUCACAACCAGUCAUCAUUCGACAAGCCAUCACAUUCGUUACUACCGACCAACUCAGAAAUCAAACAUGGACUGGACCUAGUCUCGUUAUGGCUGCGGUCGUCGUUUAUAUCGGCCUAGCUAUCUCAACUACGGCAUACCAACAUAAACUCAACAAAUUGAGAAUGAUGGUUCGAGCUGCCCUCGUAGGGUUAAUCCAUGAUAAGACCAUGAAUUCUUACGCCGAAGCCAUUAGUGAAGGUAAAGUCUUAACUCUUGCUAACACUGAUGUUGAUAACCUUGACACCAUUGGAGAGAUGGUGCAUGAAACUUGGGGACAGGUACUUGAAGUCAUCAUCGGGAUCGGAAUGUUGGCUUGGCAGGUCGGCUGGUUCUCACUAGUUCCCAUUUUUAUCAUUUUUCUGUGUUCUCGUGUGAGCCAAUAUGUCGCAAGAAACCUACGAUCGAGGUCGGGUAGUUGGAAUGAAGCAACCCAGAGUCGCAUUUCCAUGACAAGUUCUGCCAUUAGUGCUAUAAAAAAUAUCAAAAUGCUUGGCUUGCAAGGCGCAAUUUCAGCGCGUAUCGAAGAGCUUCGGCGCAACGAACUCCACAAGGCAAAUAGCGUACGAUGGAUGAUGACUGCUUAUAACGCAUCCGCAAAUGCCAACGGCAUGUUUGCACCAGUACUCACCCUCGUUCUCUAUGCCAUUUCGGCCAAAAUGAGAGGAAGUGGACUGGAUACUGCGACUGCUUUUACCACUAUUGCGAUUCUAACAAUGGUAACGCACCCGGCGAAUAUGGUUAUGACGAUUAUCCCCAAGGUCAUUGCGUCUUUUGCCAGUUUUGAGAGGAUCCAAAACUUCCUUCUUGAACCAUCUCGCCAAGACUAUAGGAUUGAUAUCUCUAACUCAAAGGCGGUCACCGAAUCUGGCAGUUCUGAAAGUGGUUUUGAUACUAUUUUACCCCCAGCUCUCACUAUAGAAGGCCUCUGUGCCGGGGAGUCUCGUCUUGCUCUAGAAGAUGUCCAUUUAACUGUAAGACAAGGAUCUAUCGUUGUUCUCUCGGGUGCUACAGCUUCCGGGAAGUCCAUUCUAGCUCAAUCCAUCUUGAGCGAAAUCCCCUCAAUUGGGAUGAUUGCUGUAUCCUCCAAGCGCAUUGGCUACUGUUCCCAAAUACCAUGGCUACCGAAUGGCAGUAUCCAGCAAAUCAUAACAGACUUUCAUGAUGACUCGGUUGCCGACUUUACAUGGUACAAGACGGUUCUCGAUGCAUGUUGCCUUAUGAAAGAUAUCGACGCACUACCAGACGGAGACGAAACACUCGUUGGUAGUAGAGGAAUCAACUUAUCUGGUGGCCAACGUCAACGAUUAGCCCUUGCGCGCGCGAUAUUCGCUCGAACGGAGAUUCUCAUCCUGGACGAUCCAUUUAGCGCCCUAGACGGGAGAACUGAGAGUCAAAUUGUCGAAAACCUAUUUGGAAAUGAGGGUCUUUUCAGAAAGCUUGGAACGACGGUCCUGUUCAUAAGCAACUCAGCUCAAUACUUUUACCUAGCAGACGAGGUAAUUGUUUUGGAAAAUGGACGUAUCAAAGAACACGGCAAAUGGAACGAGCUUGCCAUUAGGGAUCCCGAAAUAUUAAAAAUCAUCACAAGUGAAGAUGGCGAGCCUAAGAGAUCUGUCACUGGGGGAUCCGACCCGCUAUCUCAGCAACAGAGGUCAUACGAAGAUGUCACGAUUGAUUUGAAGCGAAAAACCGGCGAUUCAACACUCUAUGGCUACUAUAUCAAGGCCGCCGGACUGGGCAAUUCGGUAUUCGUGAUAGCCUGUACCGCAAUUUACUCUUUCUUUAUCACUUUCCCUCAGUACUGGGUUAAGAUGUGGACCGGCGCAGAGUCAAGCAACGACUGGUUCUUCAUUGGAGGAUAUAUUUUUCUAAACUUCGUCGCAUAUGUUGUUACGAAUAUGCAUGCCUGGGCGACCAAUCUUCGGAUGGCUCCCCAUUCGGGUCUUAUCUUACAUUUCAAACUUCUACACACAAUCAUCCGCGCGCCCCUUCAAUACUUCUCCAUGACAGAUAAUGGGUCAAUUAUCAAUCGAUUUAGCCAAGACCUUCAGCUUGUAGACAGGCAGCUCGCAUCCGUCUUAUCUUCGGUGUUCGUCCAGACCUUCAAACUCUUGGUCCAGGUCAUCCUGCUAUUUGUAUCCCAGAAACUACUGACAUUUACCUUGCCCAUAUGUUUUAUCUUCGUUUAUGCUGUCCAGAAGGUAUAUCUUCGAACGUCGCGGCAAUUGCGCCUUCUGGAACUCGAAUCUCGAUCUCUAGUUUUUAUCGACCUCUUGGAGACCGUUGACGGAUUGACUACAAUACGUGCGUUCGAAGGCCAAUCAAAGGCAGAGUUCGGACAUCUUCACCGCCUCGACGAGUCACAGAAGCCAUUCUAUCUACUUUUAUGUCUCCAAUGCUGGCUCAAAAUUGUCCUCGAUCUUCUCGUGGCGGCGGUAGCUGUUGGAGUUAUUGCUAUCGCUGUGAUUCUCAGAAAUACUACGUCGGGUGGUCAAGUGGGUGUCGCACUCAAUAUUGUGCUGAUUGCAAAUACUACGUUACUCAAACUUGUACAAUAUUGGACAAGUCUUGAGAUAUCCCUCGGUGCCAUCGCUAGAAUCAAGAACCUGGAGGACGAGGUGUUUCCUGAGGACCAGCCAUUUGAAACUAGUGUACCCCCUGAAACUUGGCCGUCGUCUGGCGCAGUGGAAUUCCGAGGCGUUACAGCCGCAUAUAACACAGAGAAUACCGUACUCGAGGAUGUAUCGUUAAGAAUUGAGCCAGGGCAGAAGGUUGUCAUCUGCGGCCGAACUGGGAGCGGCAAGAGUUCCUUACUACUCACUCUUCUGCGGUUAUUGGAUACGAAGUCAGGCUCAAUUAUAGUCGACGGCGUGAAUAUUGGUCUCGUACCUCGUUCAGUCAUACGCGAACGUUGUUUUGUUACGGUGCCUCAAGAACCCCUCCUCUUCAACGAAGAAUCUCUUCGAUUUAAUGUGGACCCCACGGAGACCCUCUCAAAUGAUACUAUCAUCGAAGUGCUUUCGAAGGUGUAUUUAUGGCAACACUUUAGCUCUAAUCUAGACGAGGAUGAGCUGGGCGAUGACAAUGCGAGCACACAUCUGAUCCUCGACCGCACACUAACAUCACUUCCACCCCUCUCAGUUGGACAAAGACAGCUACUAGCCCUCGCACGAGCAUUGUUACAGGUGUACGUCGUAAACACCUCGGGUGCGAAACCUAUCAUCUUGCUUGACGAGGCUACCUCAUCGCUCGAUUCAUCAACCGAGAAGGUGAUACUUGAUAUCAUCAAUGAAGAGCUCGCGAGUAAGGGUCACACAGUAAUUAUGGUCGCUCAUAGAGUGGGCGCGGCUGUGUCGCAUCUAAGAGAAGGAGUAGAUGCCGUGGUUUGGAUGAAAGAUGGGCGGAUUGAGAAGGUAGGGGAUGCAAACGAUAUUGUCAACUUGAUUGAGCAGACCGUAACUCCUGAAGAGGGAUCUACGAGUGGUUUAUAAUUUGACUACGAACGUCUCCAGGCAACGAGGGUUUGGGUUAGAGUCGUAUAAAUUGGAAUACUUUUGCGCUGUAUCGCGUUUUUCUUUAGUGGCCAAGCUCCUUAAAAACGCUUAAAUUAUAGCGGCUAUCCACUAAAGUUUAACGCUGAACCCAAUACGGUCCCUAUGAAAUAAUUGCUUCUAAGCUUCAUCACGCACUAAUGGCCUAACAUACCUAACCCCGCACUAAAUGGCGUCUUUCUUCGGUGGCUA